AUGUCGAAAGCGAUGCGCAAAAUUUUCGAAAAAGGAUACUCACAUGAUGAACCAGAUCGAAUACCUAAGAAUAUAACCAUUAGCAACUUGGAUAUUAUUAUGUACGUGGUUGCUAUUGUUGGGCAUUUAGUUGACUUAGGCUUGGAUAUAAAUGUGGCUAUAAGAUAUUCUUUGGCUCAAAAGAUGAUGGAAUUUGGUUGGACGCUGACAUUCAUACUUUUACCAGCUUUUGUUAACACUGCGGUGUCGAUAAGAAUGUAUUCUCAAGAUAAACAACAAGACUCUGUAACCAAUGAGUUCACCAAACGCCAUUGGUUGAGGAUCUUCAUUCUAGUACUGCAAUUGGCGCCUAUACUUCGAUUUACUGAUGCUCUCAUUUACGCUAUCAAGUCACGCAGAGCAGAGCGCAAACGCGAUCCAUCAUCCCAGAGGAUGUACUAUGGGCUAAUGUUGAAGGAAGAUUCAGACGCUGCCCUUCUGAGAGUGUUUGAAUGCUUCUUAGAAGCUGCACCUCAGCAAGUCCUUCAAACUAGUCUUCUCUUCAGGGCUUAUGACCAACUGGCAGUGCAUCAAAUACUGUCGAUUUGUUCGUCAGUGGUGGGAAUGGGCUGGUGCCUGGCCGCAUAUCAGCGUGCCGUACGGUUUGCCCAGCAAGACAAGUCGAACAUGAGGUGGUCCGGUACCAUACUACAGACCCUGUGGCAUUUCUUAGUAACAUUAAGCAGAGUGAUAUCUCUAUCAAUAAUCGCCUACCUGUAUCCAUACUGUACAGUGCUGGCUUGCGCGAUCCACGUCAUGAUUAUGGCAAUAUGGUUGCAGCUGUUCGACCGGUCGCCAUUUUGUGCGCACAACAAAAUGGCGGAGAUCGCGUUCUCCUUCACCCUCGGGGGGGUUUACCUAUUCACUUAUAUCCUGCCGAUUGAGGAAGAAAAACUAACCAUAAUGAAAAAAAAUGAGAUUCCAGGCAACUGGUAA